CCGAUAUCCGUCUUCUUUCUCUUCAAGGGCAACAGCGAGGCUUUAUUCAAAACUUUCCCUUCUUGACACAUUGAAGAAUGGCGGGUAACGGCGUUCCUGUACUAUUGGUCACUGCGAACGUCGGCAGUAUCUUCGAGGAGCCUAGCAUGAUGUUGAAAAUUUGGACGGAAGAAUUUUUAUCUACUAUACUGAGGCUGGAUCCAAAAUUUAUUGCACUGCACUGCCAAGAAGUAGGUGGAAAAAAUUAUGAGCACAGCACCAGGCAGGUGGAAGACUUUGUUAGGUUACUAAUGUCAUCGGAGGAAUUAAGGCUGUUUGACAAAAUUAGGGUAUUCUUGGAUGAAGAUUAUUCAUCUGCUGAACAUUUUACGGCCCUUGGAAAUUUGUACUUUAUACAUGAAUCUUUGAAAGAAGUUUUGUUAUGGGACUUCCAAGAAUGUACUUUUAUACCAGUGGAUGGAAAGGAGAUUCAUUCUGGUAAUAUAGAAGCAGUCACGACCAAAGAAAAAGCAAAGUUCCCUCAGGAAUUCUUUCCAGAAUGUAAAUGGUCCAGAAAAGGAUUUCUGAGAACACGAUGGAGUAUUAGUGGAACAGUUUUUGAUCUCAUAAACAUACAUUUAUUUCAUGAUGCCAGUAAUUUCAUUGCUAUGGAAACAUUUCCAUCCGUAUACAGUAAGACGCGUAGAAGAGCGCUCGAGCAUACAUUAGAUAGGUUUCAUAAUGAUAAAUAUUCAAAUGUACCAUACUUUUUAUUUGGAGACUUUAAUUUUAGAACGGACACAGCCGGUGUAAUCAAAAAACUUACAGAAGAUACUCAAGAAAGAAGGUUAUCAAACAAAGGAAGUAUUUCGAAGCUGCAGUUUCAUAAUAAAGACGAUGAUCUCAUAUUAACAUUAGGGAAAAAAGAAUUUUCUUAUUACGAGCAUCAGAAUGUUUUUGUGCAAAAUAGUGGACAAUGGCUACGUGAAUAUGACAGAGAGCUGGAAGACUUUGAUGGAAGAUUAUUUGAAUUUCCGAUUAAAUUUGUACCCAGUUACCCAUUUGAGGAAGAUGUCAAUGAAGGAUCAAAUUAUAUGCAAACAAGAGUACCGGCUUGGUGCGAUCGUGUUCUGCUGAGUCCUACCGCUAAAAUGCUAGUCCAAGAUAUAUCAUCGCCGGAUGCCAUGGAAUAUGGAAUAAUAGGGCCAACAACUUGUAUGGGCGAUCAUAAGCCAGUCUACUUGAGGGCUAAUCUCACCGUGGACGAAGGUAUGAUAAACUGCUGCAGCUUGUCGAGUGCACCUGAGUUUUGCUUUCGAGUGCCAAGCAAUUAUGUGGAAUUGUUAUCCAUGUUGCUUGAUUACGGUAGUUGCGCUAGUGGACAGGUUAAUUACACGGACCGUUCGACUAAUCUGUUGCACGCAGCACCCAUUAAGCAUGAUCCUUAUACCCCAGAUAGCAUGGACAGUCCGAGUCCAAAUGCUAUAAUAUCAGCCACGGAUGAACUCCCGGACGUAGACAUAGAUAAUAUGAACAACGUGUCCAUGGCACAGUUUGUACAGACGUCGAACUUCGCCAGACGUUUAGACACAGCUGUAUCGCCUGCUCUCUUAAAAUCCAAGUUAGAACUGAUCGUUCGGAACAAAAAACAAGAGGCGAUGGACGCGGAUCAAGAUACAGCUGAUAUCAAAAGAAGCCCUAGCGACUGCUGCUUACAUUCGUGGCCCAAUGCUGAGGACUGUAAAAAUGUAUGGUCUGUAAGGACAAACAGAUGUAACAGCGACCUGUCCUGGCAGAGAUCGCAUCUUUUAACCGAAGCAUGGGUUCAAAGCAAAGGACAACAAGGAUAUCAUUCGUUUGGAGAUUUCAUCAAACGAUCGUCCUUGGAUUCAACUCCGCCGAACGGUGUUGAGGGUUUGCCUUCCGAUUUGAUUAUACCAAGGAUAUCAAUAAUAAAUGCUAGUAACUUUGAAUCAAACGAGAGUUCCGUGUACUUACACGACGACAAGUAUAGCGAUUAUUCGGAUAAGAAACUAAGCACUUACUCGGACGACCGAACAAAGAGCUUGAGCGGCGAGGCGUUCAGUUCAGGAAAGUCGGAUGAACUUUGCGAUAAAACAGACGACGAGAGCAACAGACUGAGCUUAAAUAUGAAAAAAAUAGGAGUGAACGAGAGCGUUUAUUUGCAAAACAUAAAUGAGCUAAUAACGAAACCAGAUAAGAAUUCUUGUGCAAUGAUGGUUAGUACAAAUCUCUUUAAUACUGACGGUAAGAUGAGUAAAAUGAGCGAGGAACGAAUGCUUGAAAAUAGAGAGAAAUGCUUAAAUCAAAUUAUAAAUACAUUAGAGAGCACGGAGGAUAAUAAUAGUAAAAAUCAACGUGCAUUCACGGAUGAUGCACUAGUUGAUAAGACAAGUAUUAGAAGUAGAAGUAUAAUUUCGGAGACGAUUUUAGCAGAUGAACGAACUUCUCAAGUAUUACAAGUUAUUGCAGAAACGGAACAAAGGACAAUUCACCAUAGGAGUGAAAGAGAAGACAGAUUGCAGAAUAUGGAGGCAGAGAACAUAAAAUCAAAACAGAACAAGUGUAAUGAGAUAAAUGUAUGUACAAAUGUUGAAGAUUUUGAUGCAAGUAGCAAGCAAACAGAAGUAUCAAGACGUUGUAGCAAGUGUGAAAUGAUAAUUUCACAACAAAUUACAAGAAGUGAUUUUGUACAAAAUCAAAGUAGCAAUGAUAAUACAGAGGACAUUAAACUCAAACUCAAAGCAUGUAACUCUGAUAUAGAAAAUUAUAAGGACAAUAUCAUUGGGAAGGAAAACGUGAUGAACGAGGCGUCCGAAUCGGGUACGAUGUCCAGCUUGAGCAGUCGUGAGAUAUUCAACAAUAAUAACGACAACCACAGCAACAACAAUAACAACGGCGCGACUACCAUCACGAGAUAUAUUCAUAUUAAACACGCAGAUUCGUCGGUUAAGAUUUUUCGAGAAACGACCGUCUGAUAUUGAAUUUAUUAUUCGUAUACGGUUACCACUUACAGCUAACUAUUUCACGUUAUGUGAAAUAACGUUUCACAAGCUUAUUGUUGCGAGAUAUUUUAACGGUUUUACCGGAAAACUAAUCUUUGCGCAGAUUUCGCCGCGACGCUUUCGAAAUGUCCCAAUAAUCGAAUAUGUUCGAUUUUAUUCGAUUAUCGACUUUUAGAAUGUUGGUCGCGUUCAAUGAUCAUUCAAUCGAUAAUCGUAGAUCGCCCAUGCAUUCGCGUAUGGACGAAGUCGCGCGAUUCGUUAAAUCGAGUCAAAGCAAAAUACUACAAUUAUGAACCGUUUUGCUGACGACGGACGUGCGACGAUUGCCGCUAAUACUGGAGCGUGCUCUCGGUGUGAACUGCUGUUUGCUCGCAUACACGAAAAGCUUUGGGUAUGUUUACACGAAACUCGAUACGUUAUUAGUAAUUUCGAAGUUAUUAAUGUAUUCACUGCGGAUUUGAUUCUCAUUAUAUUACAUAUGUGUUUAAUAGAUACCAAUUAUUACGAAAAACUUUUUCAUAAUUUCGGGAUUUUUAGUUCAUGUGCCAAAUUCAAGUCGAUACGAUACAUAAUCCAAAAGUAUGUGCCGACUCGAAUGUGCAUCGUGUGCAGUGAACGUGUUAAAUUCGAAAUACUUCCUGUUGAAACUAUACAAUAGAGAUGUUAGAAGAAAAAAAAAAGACGAGAUCUUUUUGAGAAUUGUUAAUAUGACGAAAUCGUUGAUACAAUGACGUGUAUGACGAUUAUUGCAUUUUAUUCGUUAAGUGUCUUGGUGUUCCUACGCUACGUUCUUUCAGACAGUUCUUCCCAAGACUGCGAGUCUUGCAAAUAAUUUGUAUAAUUAGACGAGCAGAGAUUCACGAUAAAGAAAACGUUUCCAUGAGAGAUCGUUUGAUGUGAUAUUACCGUGGUACCUCACUUUUGUUGGUUUUCAGUGUUAGAGAUCGCGAAAGCUGAAAGAAGAGUAUUGCGCUACGAUUGCUGCCAAUAUCAAUUCGACUUCACUUUUUACAAUGUAAUUCAAUUAUAAUUGAUACGCGUUGUCUCGUUGAAUUACGUUGCAAAGAGUUAAUGAGAAUCAUUUGCGAAAGAAUAUUUACGUACAAAAAUGAAAAAUACCUAUUCCCAUUUGAAAUUUUGUAUGUAAUAAUUCCAUUGCAAUUCUAUAAUGUGCACGGCAUUUUUUACUCAUACAUUGGCGUCGAGUUCCACUGAAAAAAAUUCCUCGUGUCAAAAUAUGUAUCGCCGUUUUUCUCUUCUCUUUUUUUUUUUAUAUUAUUUUAUCGCUACAGUGUUAAAUAGCAGUAAGUGCAUUAUUUUCGACGCUCAAACAAACCAUUACCAAUCUCUGAUGGAAUUUACUUGAAGCACUCGAUUCACGAUAGUAUCUUAAUCCGAUCCAAUUGGACUAAAUUUGCGGGUACAUUCCAUUAGCGUAACCACUAGCUAGGGAACUCAAAGCUUCUGGGAAACUGUUGGCAGGUACUCGAACGUCGUUAAUAUAGGAAAUACAAAGUUUAGACGUGGUAGAUCGUAUGUAUUUGCACGCAAAACAUAUCUAUAUUCCUCUAUCGACAUGCGUACGAUAAAUGUACACUCGUUAUAAUCCCAUUGCGGAUGUUUGUCACUACUUAAAAAUUCUUCGAAUCCUUCCACUGCCCCCCGGUUACGUCAUUGAAUUCACAUUUGUUGAUGUUAUAUGGAAAUAUGUAUAAGGAUGUACCAACAUCAUAGUGUCCAUAAAGUAUAAUGGAUUAUGUUUAUUCGUUUCGUUUGUGAUUUCCAUUAUACUCUAAAUACGAUAACGCGAAAGCGAUGAUUCGAAUGACUUAAACGCGAUGCUAUAUUGUUAUACCACACUCCCUUGCGAUGAAAACUCGCCAAUACCGCACUUCUCAUUUCACACUAUCAAAAACGAUCAUUGUCCAUGAUUUGUCCUCUCUGCAGGAAAGUAAAGAAUAUUUUAACAUCUUCAACUUUGGCUCAAUGUAUAGCAAUUUUUUCAAGAAAAAUAUUCCUUAUAUUACAUAAUCUAAAUUAUGAAAUUAUAGAAGAACAAUUUUCAAUCGACAAUGAGUCGAGAUAUAAAUCAUCUUUUAUAAUGUCGAUUCCUCCAUGUUGCGAGUAUUGUUUCUGACUACUAAAAUCCAUUAUUAUACACGUAGUAUUAUUGCAAAAGAUUGAUAAAUUGAACAAGGAUCGUUUUUGUCAUGAGGCCCUUGAUUAUUGCCUUCGCCUUUGGUGCAAGCGAAGGUUAGUUAUUUUAUAUGAAGGUUUACUAUAUCUCGAAGAAGUCGAGACGUUUACCUACGACUGCUUUUAAAUCCGUUCCAUCUUACAUACAAUUUCGCAUGUAUAGCGAUAGUGAUAAAAGUAAGCAUGAACAGCCAUCGCAAGAAUCGUAGAAGCUAAUUGGUACCUUGAAUAAGUCCUCGCGCUCAUUUAACGAAAAGCUAUGACAUGCACUCAAUUACUGUUGUAACCCUCCAAUUCCCAUCGCUCAGGCUACGAUGCAAAACAUGCUAAAUUUUACUAAUUUUUAUCUCUAUUGGUGGAUGAAAUAACAGAUUUGAAGAAGUUGCUAUUUUUAUUCAAAGUUACUAAUUUCUUACCAUAUUUCAUUAUUAGAAUAUGGAUGUUCGUUCAAAUUCAUAUUUUCAUGAAAAUAAUCAAAAGGAUGGAACGUAGAUAGAAAAUUGUUAUGAAUAAACACACUGAAAUAGAUGCUAAACUGCUGACUAGAAUUUUUUCAGGUCAUCCGAAUAUGCAAAUUACUAAUUUGCUUAUAUCAUAGAAUAAAUAGAAUAUGACACUUGUUGAUGCUUAUGGGAAUUAGAUGGUUAUGCUACAUUUUCUUGAUUAUUGUGGCGAUUGGUAUUUGAAAUGUCUGUUUUCGAAGUGUAUGUCAAUGAUAAUCGUAAGCCAUUCCUUGAGAAUUAGACGUAAGAUAAUUAAAGGUAAAACGUACAAUUCGUCGAUUGGAAACUUAAUGGGGUACCUGAUCUGUUUUGACCAACGUAUAAAGUACACUAGAAUUCUCGUAUCUAUUAUGGAGGAUUUCUAGGUAUUUCCUAAGUUAAUGAAAUGCUCGAUGCGAUCUUAAUUAAACAAUAUUGUAUUCUACUCUGUGCAAUACCUGGAAAUGCAUAAAACGUCGAAUUGUACACUUUAUCUGUAACACAGUAAUUUAACUGGAUGUACUUAUUAACAUGUAUGUAAGAUUAAGGAUUUGACGCUUUUACCAGACUGGUUUUAGGAUCUUCCGCGCGGGCAAGUUUUUCGAGAAGAUUUUUAAAAGAAUUGUCACAUACGUUUAAUUACCUUGUCAUCGAUAAAAAUCGAUGAUUUGUGCUUUUAUAUAUCUUCAUAGUUUACAAGCUAGUUGUUUACAAGCUAGUAAAAAAAAAAAGAGGAAAGAGUUUGAGUAAUCGAAAUGGCAAAAUUAAUAAAUAGGUAAAAAGUUAAAGUCAACAAAUGAUAAUUAAGAUUAGAUUGAAAUGCAAAGUACGCUAUCGAAAUUCUUGCUUGCUCUGAUGUUUUAUGAGAUGUUUUAAGAGAAACAUUAUUUCUUCCGUCUUUCGACGGCAAGUGAACGUUGUACUUUUAUAAAUAUGAAUGUACUUAUAUUUUGUACUGACAGUACCUUGCAAAAAUAUAAUAUGUUAAAUAAUGAGAUUACAUGUGCAUGUAUGAUGUACGUUACGAAUAAACGUUAUAUAAUAGGAAUACUUCUGAUUUGAAAAGUGACCAAAAUCUACUGACGAAAUUAAAUGAUGGUUAUGUUGUUUUGUUGAGUCAAAUGUAUAUUAUAUUGUCACAUUUACUUCAUGUAUUAGUAUAGAAAAAGAAAAAUAAAAUUAUCGUUCUGCAA